AUGGUGUACCAUUCUUUGAUGGAUGUUCCCUGCAACCUCAAGGAGGGCAUCGAUUGGUUGAUAGCCCUGAAGGGAAAUGAUGCUGAAAAGAACAUAGCCGCUAUGGGUGCCGCAGUGUACGACUUUCUAGUAGACAAGCCGGUUGGUAAGAUGAACGUACCAGCUCUCGAGAAGGUUAAACUUAUUACUAAAAAGUUCCUGGCGACUCCGAAGCUUAUGAAUCUGUCCUUUGUACAAAGUAUGUUCGAAAAAUUCAAAAGGCCUAUGGCAAAGAGGCCCUGUUUACUAGCAAAGAUGUUUAGGAAUUUCGAGCACAGCGAUUAUGAGAACGUUUUACAGACCAAGAAACUCGGAUCUGAAAUUGUUUUAAAGAGCGUAGGUAAAGUCGCGGAUAGUUGUGAUAGGUUCCUGAAUCAUAUAAAAACCACUGAUAGCUACACUUCUGCUUACAGUUCAGAAGCAACGUGGGAUGCAUCAUGUGCGAAGGACCCGGAAGCUUGCGCAGUGGUCCUGGUGGGGAUUGCGCCUAUGUUAUGGGCAGGCCUAACUUCUUUGUGGGAUGCGACUAAUCCUCAAGCCUUUGGCUGCGGAACGGCCUUGGUAGAUAAUCGUUCGCGAGCGAUGCUAAAUGCCGUGGGUUACGAGGAGUCGGAAUACCGCAAUACACUGGGUCGUGUAAAUCUUCGCAAUGCAUUGCUCUCUAUGGAUUACGAUACUCUGCGCAUAUUAUACUACCUCGCUGGCUUUUGGGCUUUCUAUUGA